UGUGGAGUGACGUGGGGCGGGGUGUGGCUACGCAGUGCGGCUCCGUCUCCCCAGCAGACACAAGCCUGUCGCCGUCAUGUCCGACAACAAUAACGGGGAAGAGCCCGCCUUGCACGGUUCCUGGGUGGAGCUCCAAAUGAACAGCAACGGGAAUAAUGUAGACAGCAACAAGAACGGAGGCCUGGAACAUGUGCCAUCCUCCUCCUCUAUCCACAAUGGAGACAUGGAGAAGAUCCUCCUGGAUGCCCAGCACGAGUCCGGACAGAGCAGUUCCCGAAGCAGCUCGCAGUGUGAAAGCCCCUCGCCUGAAGAAGGACAGAUCACCUUUGAUGUUGAGAUGCACACAAGUAAAGACAGCUUCCAGUCAGAGGAAGAAGAUGAAGACGUAGAGAAAGAAGAGGAAGCUGUAAAGAAAAGUGCAGACUGGGUUUCUGACUGGUCAAGUAGACCUGAAAAUAUCCCCCCCAAGGAAUUUCAUUUCCGCCACCCCAAGCGCUCCGUGUCUCUGAGCAUGAGAAAGAGCGGCGCCAUGAAGAAAGGGGGCAUUUUCUCUGCAGAGUUCCUGAAAGUGUUCAUCCCUUCUUUAUUCAUCUCUCAUAUUCUGGCAUUGGGCCUGGGUAUAUACAUUGGAAAGCGGCUGACCCUCCCUUCUGCCAGUUCCUAUUGAUGGAGCAUGAUGUGGAAUUGAACCCGUGACCCUGUGAAGAUGUGUUCCUGUCACAUUUGUGCAUUCGAACUUUGCACCAUGUUAAGCAUGACUCAAAGCACCCUCUUCCUUUUCACCCAUCUUUUCAUACCGGGGGAAACCUAUAUAUUUUUUUGUUUUUUAGCCAUCUUGUAGGUUCAGAGCACCAGUCCAUAAUGUGAAGAUCCUGAUUUAUCCAACAGAGAAUAACUUGUUUCCAGAUACUUCUCUGAAGAGCCAGAAGCACAGCUUUCCCCGGGAAGAAAGAAAAAGGGCCCAGCUCAGUCCAGCAAAGAUGUUUCUGUCCAUGCCCGGAUGAAUGCAGCAGAGCUAUUGCUGUCUGUGUUUGGAUGAAGCUAGCAGUUCUCUUGCUGUUGCUGCCUGAAUGAUUCCUGCGGAGCUUUCACUUUUAUUGUUUAGGUGAUGUUGAGAAGCAUUCACUAUCAUUGGGUGGAUGAGGCUGCCUGGGUCCUCACUGGGGCAGUUUGGAGGAAUUCACCGGUGUU